UGCGGAGCUGAGGCCCAGCAUGGCCGGCCCGGGCCCCACCUUCCCGUUGCACCGGCUCGUCUGGGCGAACCGGCACCGCGAACUGGAGGCCGCGCUGCACAGCCGCCAGCACGACAUUGAACAGGAGGACCCCCGGGGGCGCACCCCCCUAGAGCUGGCUGUUUCCCUGGGGAACCUGGAGUCUGUGAGAGUUCUCCUUCGACACAAUGCCAACGUGGGCAAAGAGAGCUGUCAGGGCUGGGCAGUCCUACAGGAGGCGGUCAGCACUGGGGACCCUGAGAUGGUGCAGCUGGUGCUCCAGUAUCGAGACUACCAGAGGGCCACAAAGAGGCUGGCUGGCAUUCCGGAAUUGCUCAACAAACUCCGCCAGGCCCCUGAUUUCUACGUGGAGAUGAAGUGGGAGUUUACCAGCUGGGUGCCCCUCGUGUCCAAGAUGUGCCCGAGUGAUGUGUACCGUGUAUGGAAGCGGGGUGAGAGCCUACGGGUGGACACCAGUCUUCUGGGCUUUGAGCACAUGACCUGGCAGCGUGGCCGGAGGAGCUUCAUCUUCAAGGGCCAGGAGGCAGGAGCCCUGGUGAUGGAAGUGGACCAUGACCGGCAGGUGGUGCACACGGAGACGCUGGGGCUCACCCUGCACGAGCCGGAAGCACUGCUGGCCGCCAUGCGGCCCAGCGAGGAGCAUGUGGCCAGUCGUCUCACCUCUCCUAUCGUCUCCACCCACCUGGACACCCGGAAUGUGGCUUUUGAGAGGAACAAAUGUGGUAUCUGGGGCUGGCGGUCUGAGAAGAUGGAAACUGUUAGCGGCUACGAGGCCAAGGUGUACAGUGCCACCAAUGUGGAGCUGGUGACACGCACACGCACGGAGCACCUCUCUGAUCAGGACAAGUCGAGGAGCAAAGGGGGGAAGACUCCGCUCCAGUCCUUCCUGGGGAUGGCCCAGCAGCACUCCUCCCGCAACGGGGGUCCUGUGCAGCAGGCAGCCAGCCCCACCAACCCCACAGCCAUUUCCCCCGACGAAUACUUUGACCCCAACUUCAGCCUGGAGUCACGGAACAUCGGCCGCCCCAUUGAGAUGUCCAGCAAAGUACAGAGAUUCAAAGCAACACUGUGGCUGAGCGAGGAGCACCCGCUUUCCCUGGGUAACCAGGUGACGCCCAUCAUUGACCUGAUGGCCAUCAGCAAUGCUCACUUUGCCAAGCUGCGUGACUUCAUCACCCUUCGCCUCCCACCCGGCUUCCCAGUCAAGAUUGAGAUUCCCCUUUUCCAUGUGCUCAAUGCCCGCAUCACCUUCGGCAACCUGUGUGGCUGUGACGAGCCCCUGAGCUCGGUGUGGGUGCCGGCCCCCGGCUCUGCUGUCGCAGCUUCAGGGAGCCCUUUCCCAUGCGAGGUGGACCCCACUGUGUUCGAGGUGCCUGAGGGGUACAGCGUGCUGGGGGCAGAGCGCGAGCCCCCCCGCGACGAGGACGACGACCUGCUGCAGUUCGCCAUCCAGCAGAGCCUGCUUGAGGCUGGCACAGAGGCGGAGCAGGUGACUGUCUGGGAAGCCCUGACCAACACGCGGCCUGGUGCCCACCGUCCUGCCCAAGCCACGGCAUAUGCGGAGCAGCUUCAGCUGGAGCGGGCCCUCCAGGAAAGCCUGCGGAUGUCCACAGAGCCCAGGGGCCCGGGAUCCCCCCACAGGACACCCCCAGCCCUGGCCGCCCCAAGCUUUGAGGAGCAGCUUCGCCUGGCCCUGGAGCUGUCCUCCCAGGAACAGGAGGAGCGGGAGCGGCGAGGGCAGCAGGAGGAGGAGGACUUGCAGCGGAUCCUGCGGCUCUCGCUCACCGAGCACUGAGCACUGAGCGCCCAGCCCCUGCCAGGGCUGUCCAGGCCACUCCCCACCGCUUUUGUAACUUAUUUAUUUAUAAACUAAACUCUGCUGCUGGGUUUGGGGCCUGGAGCGCUGGGGGUGGGCUUGCGUUGCAGACCAAGAUGGAAAUAAAGAGA